CCGGCGGCAUUACACGCCUCGGCCUGUGUGUGCUGAGCUGACUGGAAGGAGGUGGGAUCUAGCUACUGGUGGUCGCGGGCUUGCAGUCGUUUACGUUCGAACCGUGUAGAUUUUGCCAGCCACGAUUCCCACUGACAACGACAGGGUGUUUUUUUUUUCAGGAGGUGGGAGGAAAUCACAACAAGAAAGCCACUCUUGGGAUCCCCUUGCCUCCCUGCCAACGACACACAUUCAUCCACCCUUGUUAUCUAUCACUAAUUAAUCGCCGUUUUCCAGCGAGAUUCUCGUUGACCGUAGCCGCCACCAUCGUCGACAGUACAGGGCUGUGUGAUGAGGUCGCCCUGCAGCAGAGGUUUGGUUACGUUAAGAUAAGGCGUUUUUUUUUAAAAUAUCGUCAGCACAGUCUCCGCUUUCAGUUUGGGUCGACUUGUCGCUUUCUGAAGCCUUCUAGCACCCCGAGUGUGUGAAGAAAGAGACUCCAGGAGAACGUAGCUACUACCGGGGCUGAGGGAAUCGCCGAAUAUCCAUGAGCUCCGAUUUCCCGCACUACAGUUUCAGGAUGCCAAAUAUAGGGUUCCAGAACCUUCCCCUUAAUAUCUACAUUGUGGUGUUUGGGACAGCCAUCUUUGUCUUCAUCCUCAGCCUCCUCUUCUGCUGCUACUUGAUAAGGUUACGGCACCAGGCGCACAAAGAGCUAUAUGCAUACAAACAAGUCAUUCAGAAGGAAAAAGUCAAAGAGCUAAAUUUGCAUGAGAUAUGUGCAGUGUGCUUGGAGGAGUUCAAACAGAAAGAUGAGCUGGGGAUUUGUCCAUGCAAACAUGCCUUUCAUAGGAAGUGCCUCAUUAAGUGGUUGGAGGUGAGGAAAGUGUGCCCGCUGUGCAACAUGCCUGUCUUGCAGCUCGCCCAGCAGGCUGGCAGCACAGAUGCCGCUGUGCCAAUACAGCAGCCUCUGCCUGGCAUCGAGAACCUGGUGUAGCAGACUCAAACCCUCUCAAACAGUACACUACAGACACACAAACACACAUCCCAUCACUCAUACUCUCAACUGUACAGGUACACUUUGGUAUGAGUCUGCAGAUAGGCUGGAGAAACUGGAGUUACUGCGCAGAUACUCAGUGAAUCAGCAGCCAUCGUCACCUCUCUUAUCUUUGCAUUGAUUCACAAAAGGAUUUCCUGAUAUCAGUUCUGACUGGUGAUCAACUGUUUUCAUGUUUUUCUUUUCGCGGACAAUGAAGAAGAGUUGAUGUAGAAGAAGUUUCCUUCUCGGCCGUGAUGUGGUCGAUAAUGUUUUCACAACCAAAGCACUUUUCUGGGGACACCAGCUAAAGACCAGGAUGAAAAAAAAAAACACAAAAGCCAAGAACUACAUUACACUAAAAAAUAUAAAUUGUUUUUUUUUUCCUAACAAGCACUUUACAAAAAGUCAAACCUUAAUUGCUUGUGAUCGUAGUAGCAAGGUCAUGUUUUAUAUUUCAUCAUUAACUAUUAUUUCUGUGCACAGUGCAAAAUCACAUGGGUUUUCAUUUUGAAUUAGUAAACUUUGAUUUUUAAACAAAAAAACAUAUAUAUCUUAAAGGGACAGCGAUACUUAUGUCGGUAGAUGUCAGGAAAUUUGGACAACGGUUUCUGUUCAAAUUGCACACAUACACAUGAGAGAAUAACCUCAAAGCAACCUCGAGACUUUAUGUCUGACUAAAUGUGAAAGGUUUGAAUGUGUUGAAACCCAGAAUUUUACACACAAACAUGAACACUAACACACUUUAUAUGAAGCCUGUAGAAUUUGUUCCCUCAUCACCUGUUUGUCAUUCAUAACCAUGUUACUGGUGUUACUAGCCUUUUUUUUUCAUUAUUCUGUCAAAACAGAAAGGUGAUACAGUGAACAAAUUAUAUUUUCAUUUAAUGAAUUUAUGGGGAAAUUCCCCCUACAUAUGAGUGCUGUUAGGCAAACGCAGUCAAUAUGCAGUCACCCCAGGCAUUACUCAUGAUCCUUUUGUUUGGUGGUGGGGGGGGGGACAAUUCAGUACCUCUCCAACAGAAAAAUCUAAAUUUGAAAGUACCUACUUCAACUCGUGUGAUUAUCUAAGCAGUAUUAGUGUGUAUAACCUGGUGCUUUGUCUAUAAAACUGCUUUACAGAACAAACACCAGUAAUGAGGCAAUAUUAAACAAGAAUCUGUAAAAUAACAUAAAUGUUCCAGUUUUAUCUUGCUCUGCUGCUGCAUCGUUUUAUUUUAUCGAAGCUGAGCUGUGUGAAUGUUGCAAUGGUUUGAGACACUUCACAAAACAAAGCAACAAAAGUCAAACUGUUAUUUUGAAUCUGUAUUGAACUAGCAUCACAUAUCCUGCUAGAAAAUAAUUGACAGUUCAUUUUAGGAAGAGAUCAGAAUGAACUCCGACUUAAAAUGUGGUGCACACACAGUUGCAGUUAUCUUUGCUUCUACCCCAGUAGAGAAUUUCUAUUUAUUAUAAUUUUUUUUUAUUUAUUGUCAUUUCUUGGUACAGCUGCAUUGAGUGAAUGAGUUAGCGGAUUGACACCUGCCUCACAAGUACUGCCCUCAGCAUGUUAUCAGCAUAUCCUUUGGUUAAGAUACAGACUACUUUGUAAAAACACACAUACAUGCACAGAGGGAGGGGCACAAGCUUCCCCCCUGCCUGGGCUGCCAGAGAGUCAGUGGUCAGCAGGUUGUAAUGAAGCAGCGUUUUCAUUCAUACACACACACAUACAGGGUAGUUCAGCUUUUUGGCUGCAGUAUUCUGGUGCUUUCGCCUCUCUCUCUCUUUCUGUACGGUACAGGGUGCUUUUUGUGUUGUGCCACACAUACAGUAACUCUGAGCCCUGCUUUUGUGUAUGUUUUUUUUGUCCUCAUCUCUUUUUAGCUGCAUUUGGUAAAUGUGUUGUGGGGAAACGUGCUGAUGUGAAAGGGGGCUAGAAAAAAAAAAAGCUGUGCUUCACAGUGAUGGACCUAAGAUAAGCUUUAGAAUUUCUUUUACCUGUGAUAUGUAUUGUCCAAUGACAAUCAUACAGUAUCUUUAAAGGCGCAAUCCGUGAUCCAAAUGUAAAUAAAAGAGUAGUCCCACCUACAUCAAAAGAAAAGAACUAAAAAAAAAUGGAACCUACUAUCAGGCUGUUGUUCAUGAUGAAAAAUAAACAACUAAACAGACUAUUGGAGUUCUGGAAAGUGGAGAAAGACACCAAAAACAAAAAAUUUGUGAAGAUACAGUAGUUCAAAUUGGAACAGUAAGGGAAUUACUGAUUGUGCCUUUAACAACGCUCUUUUUCCAAUUAUAUUUUAUUCUCUAUCAUCAAACACUGUCAUGGACAGAGUUGCACAGGUUCCCAGCACAUGGGCGGUUUGACAAGUGACAAUGCAUUUCACCUUCUGUGAGAGAAAAGCAUUGUUUCGCUCACCUCUGUGGUUUGAGUGUAGUCAGUUUUCUCUGUUGAAUGUCUGCCCUCACCCGACAGUGAUGACCUUUGUGUUGGGGUCAGAGCAUUCAGCAAAGUGUCAACAUUAAGAUGAGAGCGAAAGCCGGAUUUCUCUGACCCGUGUGCGUCAUUGCAGUCGGUUUUUACAUGUCAGAAAGAGGUCAUUGAUGAGAAAACUACUAACACUUCAAACUAAAAAUCAAAAAGUAGCCUUAUUUGAACAAAAACUGCCUGAAUUACAAAAAGAAAAAUAGACCAGGGCUGUGUUAAUUGGCAAUAUCACAACCUCUUCACUUUACAGUGGUAUUGAUGAUUUACUUUGUGAUUGAAGUACAUCAUCUGGCCUGACACUGAAAGGGUUGUGGUUAUAUGUUGAACAAAAUAUACAUAUGAGGGCCUUCUUCAGUAUGCUGUGCGAUGAGCGGUACCUGGUACCUCCUCGCUUCUUAGUCUUUGGUUAUGAAUAGGCUUGACUUUUUCAUAGAACUUACCCAACAUUAGUGGUCAUACAUUUUCCCCCAAGGCGUCACUGAUUAAACUAUAACUCUGGCACUGUCCCCAAAAGAUGACACAUUUUGUAGCUCAGUGCUAAAAAGACAAGUCUUAAAGCUUUGUUCCUGCUAAUGGUUUUGUUUUUGAAUGUAAGAUUCAUAAGAGAAAGAAAAGAAAAUGAGGAGAUAUAAUGUGAAAGCAUGCUAUUUUGCAUAGUCAAGUUGCCACUGAUAUCACCAUUGUUAGAUGUAUGUAGACAGUAGUGUCAGUAGUAGUGUAUUUAUACAUGAGGUGCACAAAAAAUGCUCCUUCGUAUAAACUAAAUGGCAGCUGAACACUUUCUGCCAUUUGGCCAUCUUAACUGUUGUGUUUGAUUGUAAACACUCUAAGCCUUUCCACUUGUACGUCCCCGUUUCCCUUCUGUGUGCCGUCCUGAUCCCACUGAAAACAAAGUGCCAACCCAAAAUGAAGUGUUAUGAAUCCAAGUCCGAGCCAACAAGAAAGAAGGCCCUGCAUUUUGAAAAGAAAAGAAGAGAAAAAAGGGCAGUGUCUCUGUCAGAUUAUGGCCAAAAAAAAAAAAAAGGAAACUGAGCCAGUCAUGAAUACAGUAAUAAAUGGCUUCCCACAAGUGAAAUCACCAUUGACGUCAGCACUGCUUCUGAAUUAACUCCAUUAUAAAUAGACAGGACACAAUGAGAUGAAAUAGCGCAGUCAUUCAGGAACACCGCUUCACAUCAAAAAUUUACUGCUACUCAGAAAAGGAAGCGUCUGAUGAUGGCAUCACAAAGUCAUUUAUAUGACUGUCCCUUCAGGGCACAGUGUUUGAUGACAAAACUGUUUUAUUAAAAA